AUGGGCGAUAUAAGGUUCUCAUUUUUGUUCGCGCCUUUAUGGCAUCGGUUGGCAGUGUAUGAUAUCAUCAUGUUGAGAUAUGAAGUGACGGAGAAUAUCAAAAUGAAUCUCCUAGCUGCAGCGGAAUUGGACUCGACUGGUGAUGUGAGGGAGGAGCGGUCAGGAGGGGAGAAUCGACGACACCGAGGUUACUGGUUCAACUGCAUCGGAUUGGGACAGUACGAGCUUCUACUAGGAGGUGCUGAGUGUAAUGAGGGCGGCGAGUAUGGGUUGGACGGCUCGUCAAUUAACAUUGACGGAGAUUCAUCAUGGCAACAGCAUGAAGAAGAUGAGGAAAGGGUAUCUGACAGGCCAAUGUCAACGAUUGUCGAGGGUUCGGUUGAUAGUCUCGCGGACUCCCUUCACCGAGUGGAACGAUGAAUAUCUUUUUGCUCGAGGGAGGUGACUUUUCAUCCCUAAUAUUUCUGUGAACACUCGUACUGGUUUGCAUUUCUGAGCGUUCAGUUUGAGUAGAAAGAUUCUGUAUAGUUCUGCUUAUCAUCACUAUAACAUAUUCCUAUGUCGGUCUAAAGUUGGCAACAUUGAUGGUGUUCACGGCUUGCCUGCAGCCAACUGUUAGUCCGUCGAUAAUACUGUUUUCCAUUGAGGCGGCCUCUGUGGUUGCUCUCAUGCUGUGUGCAGUAGAAUUAUAAAGACACUGAAACUUUGAGUCUGGAAGUGUCUGUUCUUAGUCGUUCUAUU